ACAUUGCAAGAAAACUUCGGGAUAUCUGCUCCACUCCAACACAGGGAAAGCUAACAGCCAUGAAUCUUCAAUAUUUCCUGUGGCUUUUCUCGAUAUUCAUAGUUCAGCAGACUAGAGGUCAGUUCGAACCGGCGCAGCAUUGCGAUCCUAACAAAUGCCUACCUCCAGACUGCCGAUGCAGCGAAGAUCGCAGUCCUCCGGGAGGAUUGCCUCCUGAGAAAACACCGCAAAUUAUCAUGGUCACUUUCGAUGAUGAUUUCGAAAAACGAUCUUUCGACUUAUACAAUGAACUCUUCGACGAACUACGUAAUCCUAACAACUGCUCUGCUAUGGGAACCUUGUUCAUUUGUCAAAACUACACGGAUUAUUUCUUAGUGGAAACUGCAUAUUCCAUGGGGUACGAGAUUGCCGAUCACACCGUAACACAUCAGGAGCCCACCACGUACUGGGAACGAGCAAAUUUCACGGAAUGGAAGAACGAAAUUGAUGGAGAAAAAGAGAUUUUGCAUCGAUUUGCCAACAUACCUUACGAUGAAGUUAUUGGAUUUCGAGCACCGUUCCUGAUGUUUACAGAAAACAUGUUCAAGGCAUUGUACACGAGUAAAUUUGGUAAAUUCACUUAUGACCUUUCUUGGCCAGCAAACGUCAUAUUUGAUGGAAAGGGUCCCAUGUACCCCUAUACUUUGGACUACUUGUCAAGUCAGACCUGUCCCACUAUUGAUGAACCGUGUCCCAAGUUGUCCUACCCAGGACUGUGGGAGGUGCCUAACGUCAACCUUAUGAACAAAGACCACUCGACAUGUGCAUCAAUGAUGGAUGGUUGCGAUCCUUCUGGAAAUUACACAGUCUGGUUAGAGAUUUUGACGAGAAACUUCCAUUACCACUACGACACAAACAGAGCACCCUUUGGAAUGCACAUGCACCCAACGUUUUUCCUUACAACACCCGAUCACAUGAAAGCAGCUAAACAAUUUCUCAAAUAUGCUCUGGAUUUAGAAGAUGUUUGGAUCUUAACGCCGUCUCAGAUCGUUGCUUGGAUGAAAGAUCCCCAAGAUGUUGAACAGGCGAAGACUUUCGCGCCCUGGCAGUGUCCGAGCCGCCCAAAGCCACGCUGUACUGAGGAAACAGCCCAUAAUUGUCAUUACACUGAGCCUGGAGAUUUCUACAUGCGCACGUGCACUCCGUGUCCGCCCCAUUUCCCAUCGCCUACUGAUCCAGAUGGCAAUUAACUCUUUAAGUCCCAUGAUCUGAUUGAUAAUUCUCUGUUUUAGCUGCAAUAAAUCUAUCGUAAAUUUAUUGAUAAAAUUCUUUAUUAGAUUAAAAAAUGUCUGAGGCAUUUCUCAUAACCUACUGAUCCAGAUGAAUGGCAAUUUUUGUAUGAAUUUGCAGUUGCAAUUGAUUGUCAAUGGUCUAGAGCAAUCGGUAUCUCCCACUGAAGUUAAUACGAACUCACUGGAAUGUUCAGAUAAAAAGUGUAGUUAUUGAAUAAGAAAUAAAGGAUGAAAAUACAGCCG